AUGGCCAUUCUAAUUCCUCUUCUUUCUUUGCUACUGCCCAUUAUUGCAAACUCCCAGCCUCUUGUUCCUGCAAUGUUCAUAUUUGGUGACUCUGUUGUUGAUGCGGGCAACAACAAUCACAUUUACACUCUUAUCAAAUCAAACUUCCCUCCUUACGGAAGAGACUUUGUCAAUCACAGACCCACUGGAAGGUUCUGCAAUGGAAAACUGGCUGCAGACUUCACAGCGGAGAACCUUGGCUUCACUACUUAUCCUCCACCUUAUCUCAGCAAAAAUGCCAGAGGAAAAAAACUCCUAACUGGUGCCAAUUUUGCCUCUGCAGCUUCUGGGUAUUAUGAUACUACAGCAAAGCUGUAUCAUGCAAUCAGUUUAAGUCAGCAGGUGGAAAACUACAAGGAGUACCAGAAUAAGCUAGUGGAGAUUGCAGGGAAAUCAAAUGCUUCAGAAAUAAUAUCUGGUGCUCUCUAUCUUGUUAGUGGUGGGAGCAGUGACUUUGUCCAGAAUUAUUACAUUAAUCCUUUGCUUUACAAGGCUUUCACACCCGAUCAAUUCUCGGACGUUCUCUUGCAAUCCUACGAAAAUUUUGUACAGGAUUUGUAUAUGCUAGGCGCAAGGAAGAUUGGAGUGACGACACUGCCACCUCUGGGAUGCCUCCCUGCAGCCAUUACAAUUUUUGGCGCUGACAGCAAUUUGUGCGUAACCAGGCUAAACAAUGAUGCUGUCUCCUUCAACAACAAGCUGAAUGCCACAUCUCAAGGCCUGACAAAAAGACUUAGGGGCCUCAAUUUGGUCGUCCUGGAUAUCUACCAACCUCUUUAUAAUCUUGUUGUUAACCCUUCUGAUAAUGGGUUUGUAGAGGCAAGAAAAGCUUGUUGUGGGACAGGAUUGCUAGAGACAUCAAUAUUGUGCAAUCAUAAAUCAGUUGGGACAUGUGCAAAUGCAAGUCAAUAUGUGUUUUGGGAUGGGUUUCAUCCAUCAGAGGCUGCAAACAAGAUUCUAUCGGAUGAUCUCUUGACUGCUGGAAUCUCUCUCGUUUUCUAAUCAUCAUCAAUGUACCAGUAUUCAUCGUUAUGCUUUGAACCAUGAUGUUUUGGUCAUCUUUCUUCUCUU